AUGGUUCUGAAGGCUCUGAACUCUGUUGAGUUCGCGGACGCGAGCAAGUCCGCCGUCCUACAUCGUGAUCUCAAGAGCCAAUUCCUCCGUACUGUAGGUGGCGAGGGAAACUGCUAUGUCGUUGACGGCGGUCGGAAGCUUUUCGAUGCGUCCGGGGGCGCCGCCGUGGCAUGCCUCGGCCACAGUGACAAGCGAGUAGCUGAGGCUAUCAUCCGGCAGCUCAGCAACAUUGCCUACAGUCCCUCUACUUUCUUCACGACGCCGUCCUGGAGGCUCACAUGCUUGGCAGGAUCCGAAGCAAUGGAGGCGGCCAUGAAACUCUCCAGGCAGUAUUUCCUGGAGAAGAAGCCAGCAGAGCCACAAAGACAUCUUUACAUUGCCCGCCAGAGAUCGUAUCAUGGCACGACACUAGGCGCAUUAUCCAUGGGUGGCCAUGUCGCACGCCGAGCUAACUUCAAGCCCAUGCUCCUCGACAAUGUUGUGUCGCAUAUUUCCCCAUGCUUUGCGUACAGGGAUAAGUUGGCCGACGAAUCGGACGAGUCCUAUGUUGCAAAGCUCGCCAAGGAGCUCGAGGACGAGUUUAUUCGGGUUGGCCCUGGUAAUUCACACGGGCUGAUCUCUGGGUACGUUGAGGCACUGGGAUGUGUUCCGGCUGUUCCAGGCUAUUUUCAAGCAAUGAAAUCUGUGUGUGACCGAUACGGUGCGUUGCUCAUCAUGGAUGAAGUCAUGAGCGGCAUGGGCCGCAGUGGAACUCUCCACGCAUGGGAGGCCGAGGGUGUUGUGCCAGAUAUCCAGACCAUCGGCAAGGGUUUGGCUGGGGGCUAUCAGCCGAUAGCCGGCGUCCUCGUAAACAAGAGGGUGGUUGAGGUGCUAGAAAAGGGGACAAGUGCCUUUGUCCACGGACACACAUAUCAAGGACACCCUGUCGCGUGUGCGGCAGCCCUGGAAGUUCAACAGAUCAUCCAGUCAGACGGCCUGGUUGCCAAUGUGCAAAACAUGGGUCAACUCUUAUCUGGUCUUUUGAAAGAGAGUCUUAUGGACCAUCCAUACGUCGGAGACAUCCGUGGCAAGGGCCUCUUCUGGGGAAUCGAGUUUGUCCGCGACAAACAGACCAAGGUGCCAUGGCCUAGUGCAGCGCGAAUAGCAGCGAGUAUCAACGAGCUGGGGUUGACGGAACCAUACGGCAUUGUUGUUUACCCGGGCUCAGGAACAGCAGACGGUGUUCUCGGGGAUCACAUCAUUGUAGCGCCUCCAUAUACGGUGACAAGGGACGAGAUUGCAUUUGUCGCCGAAACGGUGACGCGGCUCGUCAACGAUUUUUUCUCGAAGCUGGCAAUUCAGGGGAUCUGA